UCUAAAUGUAGAUUCUGAAGAUUUAUAAAGCUACUUAAGAUUCUAAUCCUAUGCUUAUUGUGAGAACUAAAAAAGAAUAAUCAGUGAAUUUCAGAGAAAUAGAGAAGAGAGAGAGAGAGAUUACCUUCUUGUUUUUUUUUUUUUGAACAAAAGAGAGAUUUUUUUUUUUGAACAAAAGAGAGAUUACCUUCUUCAUAGGAAAGCCUUUCUUUCUUCUUGUGCAUUCCUCAAACUUUAUCUUCCCAGAAACCCAACACAGAAGAAACUCAAAAGGCACUUAGAUUACUUCAUUUUUCUUGUUUUUAUUUUACCCAUUUUUAGUUAAUCCUUGAAAAAAGGUUUCUUAAUUCUUGUCUAUAUAUACACAAACACGUAUUUGUGUGUUUAUAUACGUAUCUCUGCCUAAACGGUUGGUUUAUAUGUCGGAAGUUUAGUGAAUUGUGGCGGAGAUGAAAGUCGGAGCUCCGAAAAAUAAGCCGGGUCGGGUCAUCGUCCAAAUUCUUGUUCUGCAUCUUCUUCUUCAAAGUGUUCAUUCUCAGAAAUCACAAAACAAACUUAACAUCACAAAGCCUGGCCAAACCAUACCAGCCCCAAUAGUUCAGCUAAGAAAAGUUAGUCAUGAUAAGGUGGUAGUUGAUAAUGGUAUUAUCCAAGUAACUUUCUCGAGCCCACAAGGUUUGAUAACUGGAAUAAAAUACAAUGGCAUCGAUAACGUAUUGGACGACGAAAUUGACGAUCGUGGGUAUUGGGACGUAGUCUGGUAUGAGCCGGGAAAGAAAGGUGAAACUGAUAAAUUAGAAGGAACCAAAUUUGAAAUCAUAACUCAGAACGAAGAACAAGUUGAAAUUUCAUUUACCAGGACGUGGACGAUCUCCAAACGUGGCUCCUUGGCACCUCUAAACGUAGAUAAAAGGUACAUUAUUAGAAGUGGUGUCUCGGGAAUAUACAUGUACGGUAUAUUGGAGAGGUUGGAAGGUUGGCCAGACGUGGACAUGGACCAAAUUAGAAUCGUCUUCAAGCUCAACCCCAAAAAAUUUGAUUUCAUGGCCAUAUCUGAUGAUCGGCAGAGAAGCAUGCCAUCGAUGGCAGAUAGGAACAAUGCUAAGGAAUUAGCUUACAAAGAAGCUGUUCUUUUGACAAAUCCAAGCAACCCUAUGUUCAAAGGAGAGGUAGACGAUAAGUAUAUGUACUCAAUGGAAGACAAAGACAACAACGUUCAUGGUUGGAUCUCGUCGGACCCACCGGUUGGGUUUUGGAUGAUCACUCCAAGCGAUGAGUUCCGUCUUGGUGGGCCCAUCAAGCAAGACCUCACCUCUCACGCGGGUCCCAUCACCCUCUCCAUGUUUACGAGCACGCAUUACGCGGGGAAAGAGAUGAGAAUGGAUUAUCGAAAUGGAGAACCAUGGAAGAAGGUUUUUGGACCUGUCUUUGCUUAUCUCAACUCUGUCUCUCCCAAAGACUCCACUCUUCGUCUCUGGAGAGAUGCCAAACGACAGAUGGCUGCAGAGGUCAAAAGCUGGCCUUAUGAGUUUGUUAAAUCAGAAGACUAUCCUCUUUCUCAUCAAAGAGGAACAAUCCAAGGUCAAUUCUACAUCAAAGACAGUUACGUAUCAAGGUUAAGAAUAUAUGGAAAAUUUGCUUUUGUUGGUUUGGCACCAAUUGGUGAAGCUGGUUCGUGGCAAACAGAAUCCAAGGGGUAUCAAUUUUGGACGAAAGCUGACAGAAAAGGGAGAUUCAUAAUAGAGAAUGUGAGGGCAGGCAAUUAUAGUCUCUACGCAUGGGGUUUUGGUUUUAUCGGUGACUAUAAAUAUGAGCAAAACAUCACCAUCACGCCAGGUAGCAAGAUGAAUGUAGGGCAAAUAGUGUAUGAACCGCCGAGAAACGGUCCAACGUUGUGGGAAAUUGGUGUACCGGAUCGAACCGCCGGAGAAUUCUAUAUACCGGAUCCUUACCCUACACUUAUGAAUAAGCUCUAUGUUAACCCACUUCAAGACAGAUUUAGGCAAUAUGGAUUAUGGGAUCGUUAUGCAGAUUUAUACCCUCAAAACGAUCUUGUCUACACAAUCGGUGUAAGUGAUUAUAGAAGAGAUUGGUUUUUUGCACAUGUCACCAGAAACGUAGGAAACAAUACAUACCAAGCGACAACAUGGCAAAUCAUAUUUAACCUCAAAAACGUGAACCGUGUCAGACUCUACACACUCCGAAUAGCUCUAGCCUCAGCUGCUGAUUCCGAAUUACAAGUUCGUAUUAACAAUCCAAAAUCCGAUCAUAUUUUCACGACCGGAUAUAUCGGAAAAGACAAUGCGAUUGCGAGACAUGGGAUUCAUGGGUUAUAUAGACUGUAUAGUAUCGAUGUUGGUGGAAAUUUACUAAGUGUUGGUGAUAAUACGAUAUAUUUAACUCAAACGAGAAGUCUAGGACCGUUUCAAGGUGUUAUGUAUGAUUAUAUUCGUCUUGAAGGUCCUUCCAGAACUUGAUUAAAGAAAAAAAAAAUCAGGUAGAGUGAAAAGAAAAUUUACUGUAGAGGGAAAUUUAUAUUUGUUUUGUUUUUUAUUUUCUAGCUAGAAGAAUUGGUGUUUAUUCAUUCGAAUGUAAUAUCAUUGGGGGGGGGUGUGAAUAUAAUAAAACCAAAUGUAUUAAUGUUUA